AUGUCUCGCCCCGAGGACUCUCUCGCGGCCGACGUCCACUACGACGACACCGAAGCCCGCAAAUACACCACCAGCUCCCGUAUCCAAAACAUCCAAGCCUCCAUGACCCGCCGCGCCCUCGAGCUGCUCGACCUCAAAGCGCCCUCCCUCAUUCUCGACAUCGGCUGCGGCAGCGGCCUCUCCGGCGAGAUCCUCUCCGCCGUCGACCCCUCCGACGGCGGGCCGCACACCUGGAUCGGCAUGGAUGUCUCGCCCUCCAUGCUGGACAUUGCGCUGCAGCGCGACGUCGAGGGUGACCUGAUGCUUGCCGACAUUGGCCAGGGCGUGCCCUUCCGCGCGGGCUCCUUCGACGCCGCCAUCAGCAUCUCCGCCAUCCAGUGGCUUUGUAGCGCAGAAUCGAGCGAGACUUCGCCUACGGGACGGCUCAAUCGCUUCUUCAACGGUCUGUAUGCGUCGCUGCGUAGAGGGGGCCGUGCUGUAUGCCAGUUUUACCCCAAGAACGACACCCAGCGCAACAUGAUCACCCAGGCUGCCGUCAAGGCCGGCUUCGGCGCCGGUCUCCUUGAGGACGACCCCGGCACCAAGAACGUCAAGCUGUAUCUCGUCCUUACUGUGGGCAAUAAUGACAACGAAGGUGGCAACACAGACAUCACUGGUGUGGUCAGCGGCAUGGACAACGUUGAUGUUCUGGACGCCAGGAAGAGACUCAAGGCGAACAACACCCAGGUUAAGAAAGGAAGCAAGGCGUGGAUCGUCAAGAAGAAGGAGCAGAUGGAGCGAAAAGGAAAGAUUGUCAAGGCCACGUCCAAGUACACCGGCCGCAAGCGUCGCAUUCAGUUUUAA